UCUGCGUUCUAGAUUCCAUUUACUCACUUCCCAUUCCAUCUCUUUCCAUCUCAUAACUUUUCUUCUCCCUUUGGAUUUCACACAAAAACACCGAGCCAAAGCUUCAGUUUCAGUUUCAGCUUUGGCUGAAGGCUCCGCCACUGAUAAGACCCGUCGGAGGGUCACGGCAAUUCUUUCUCUGUUUCUCUCUCCUCUCAAUUAUCGUGGAGGUUGAUGUCUACACCAAUUCAUGCCGUAAAUUAAAAAAUAUGACCAAUUUUUGUUGGAGUCUAAAUUUUUUUUUUUUUUGACAUAAAACGAAUAUCUAGUAUCUAGUUGUAGAAAAGAGAACUUUGAAAUUCGAAUACAGUAGCAACCUUUUCGUGAAUCGGAAAAUUAAGUUGAAGCCCUUUUUCUUUUUAAUCUUUGUUACCAGUAUCUAAUUGGUAUAUUCUAUUUUAUUUUAUUACUAGACCAAUUCGAAUUUGGUUCCAGUACUUUCUAACCCACUUUGUGUUUUCUAUUGUUAUUAUGAUUUUAUUUUAAUAAAUUUGCUAUUUCCAUUUUGUUUUGUUGAUUAUAUAUUAAUUGUACCAACUACCAUGUUCAUUUCACAUGGCAGAGCGAAUUAGGCAUAGUAAAUGUUUUCAUACCAUGGACCAGUAAAGUAAACUUCUGAUCUUUGGUCCAUAAGAUCUUAUUUUUGUUCAUAAACAAAAUACAAAACACGAUUUCAUUACACCAUAUAUGUAACAUGUUAUUGUUAUUAUUAUUAUUAUUAUUAUUGCUAUAGCAGAGACGUGCAUAGUUGAAGAACCUCAAAAAAAUUGGUCAUGUCAGCAUCUGCGAAACCAUCAUCAUCUUGUUCAGUGACGAGUACUGUAGCAUUAGCAAGAGAUAUUGAUCCACUAUUGAAGGAUUUGAACGAAAAGAAGCAGAGUUUCAAGCGCAACGUGGUGUCUCUGGCUGCAGAGUUGAAGGAUGUUCGGAACCGUCUUGCUUCACAGGAACAAUCUUAUGCCAAAGAAACCUUAACAAGAAAGGAAGCAGAGACUAAAGCCAAGAGCAUGGAGUUUGAAAUUGGAAGAUUGCAAAAGAAAUUGGAAGAAAGGAACGAGCAGCUUCAGGCUUCAGCCUCUUCUGCUGAAAAGUAUCUGAAGGAAUUGGAUGAUCUUAGAACACAGCUUGUAGUGACAAGAGCAACUGCGGAUGCGAGUGCCGCAUCGGCUCAAUCGGCACAGCUCCAAUGUCUAGAACUUCUAAAGGAACUUGAUGAGAAAAACACUUCGCUAAGAGAGCACGAGGAUCGAGUAACUAGGCUUGGCGAGCAACUUGACAACCUACAGAAGGAUCUUCAGGCAAGGGAAUCUUCACAGAAGCAAUUGAAGGAUGAAGUCAUGAGAAUUGAGCGCGAUAUUAUGGAGGCUCUUGCGAAAGCGGGAGAGGACAAGGACUGUGAACUGCGGAAAUUAUUGGAUGAAGUUUCUCCUAAGAAUGUGGAAAAGAUGAAUAAGCUUCUGGUUGUUAAGGAUGAGGAAAUAGCAAGUCUUAAGGAUGACAUUAAGAUUAUGUCUGCUCAUUGGAAAAUCAAGACUAAGGAAUUAGAGUCACAGUUGGAGAAACAGCGGCGCGUUGAUCAGGAGCUGAAGAAGAGGGUCUUGAAGCUGGAGUUUUGUCUGCAGGAAGCUCGUUCUCAGACACGAAAACUUCAAAGGAUGGGAGAAAGGAGGGACAAAGCAAUUAAAGAACUGAGAGAUCAAUUAGCAGCAAAACAACACAGAGCACCCGAGGAUGCAGAAAAGCAUCAUCAUCAACAGAAUUUCUGGGACACAUCUGGAUUCAAAUUAGUAGUCUCUAUGUCCAUGCUGGUUUUGGUAGUAUUUUCAAAGCGGUGAACCGUUUCUGUGCCUCCUCUCCCCUUUUGUCCCAUCUCUCUUGUAUAUAUUAGGGAUCUAGAACCUUUAGUUGAUUUAAGUAUUGUAGAGAAUAGUUAAGACUAGUUGUAGAAGCCGUACAAAUGCAGUUUUAGAGAUAAUCUAGCUUUAGCUUCUGUAUUUUAUAAAACUCCAUUAUAUUAUAUGUUUAAGCUUAGCCAAUUUAUCUCGUAAAAUUUUGCUUACUAGAAUUAUGACUAAGCUAAUGGUUGUUCCGUAAAUAUUUCUUUUGGAUUAGUUACUAGUUACUACAUUCAUUUUGUUUACUAAAAUUGUAUUUUCUACUCCAAAGAUA